AUGUUUCGCCUGCUACCCUGGCCCUCUCCGAUCGGAGGGAACAAGGUAAUGACGGAGGAAGUCAAGAUGCUGGCCCCGGCCAGCUGCGCUCCGGGCGUCAACGUCAACGUCAACGCUCUAUCGCUGGCGCCUAUGCUGAAGCGCAAACGCUCCGAUUCCACCGUGACCGACGCUCCCGCCUCGACCAAGCUUCGCGCUGAGAACCCGGUCGCGCCUCCGACCCUGCCUACGCCUGCGCCGACCAUCGCACCCGCGUCGGCCCCCGCUGCGUCGCCCGCCGUUCCUUCACCGGUCGCGACCGUGCAAGAGCCGGCGCCGGCGCCGGUCGCCAGUGUGCGCCCAGACGUGAACCGCCUGCGCGACACGAUCACCGCCCAGCUCAGCCUCGAGGUCCUCCUCAAGCACAACGAGCUACGGUUGAUCGACCAGGAGAUUGCUAAAUGUCAGGUUGCGCUAGAACAGCUUCGACGCUGCGCCGAGAUCCCCUACCCGGGGUCUGCGGUUGCCGGCUCGUCGGCCGAUGUGAGUGCGGGGACGGGCGCUUCGGUGCUGCUGCCUGGAAAUGGCCCAGCACCGAUCUCACCCGCGCCCUGGGGCGUCACGGAUGGUCCCUACGCGCGCCACUAUGCGCGGUGGCUUCUACCGGAUCCCCGCUUUGACGGCGGCGAGGCUGACAUGGGCUCGUUCGCGUUUUCUGGUGGCAGCUUGGCGCUGUCCGAAGGUCGGUCGACGCGUGGGAACCCGAUGGACUUUAGCUCGCUGGCGGGCAAGACUCGACCGUCGCGGACAUCGCUGCAAACGAAGCUGCAGUCCUUGUCGAACGGGUACCCUGUCGUCAAGGAAAAGGCUGGGCCGAUGCUGAUCCGGCGGAAGUCGGAUCAGGUCUUGGUCAAGCUGGUUUGCCUCGAUUGCCGUCGAGACAACUUCUCUAGCACGCAAGGUUUCAUCAAUCACUGCCGCAUCGCGCACAACCGCAACUUCGCCAGCCAUGAUGCCGCUGCGAUGGCCUCGGGUGAACCGGUGGAAGUCGACGAGGCCGGUGCGGUGGUCGGUGGUAGUCGCAGCGAGUCCACGAGCAGUGCUGUCCAGCCCCCUGGCUUCGUGCACCCGUUGAUUCGUUCUGCUCCACUCCCUACUCCCUCAAAAGAGUCGAUCACCCCUCAGAAACCUCUCCCCGCCCAUGUGCCUGCAGCAGUUGCCACCCCACCUCCGACUGUCCAGCCGCAGCCCGGUCGCCGGUCGAUGCCGGUCAAGCCCACUAGUAACCCGUCUUUCCUGGCUUCUCCAGCAAUGCCACAUCUGUCUGCCCUCAUGCGCGACCGCGGCCUCGGUCUGAACCUGGGCAAGCUUGUGGAAGAGGCCAAGACACCCGUGGAUCUGAGUGGUCUCUCUGAUGAUGAGUCGGAUUACGAAUCCGGACAUCCGUCCAAGGAGACCAGUCAAACCCCAUCCCAACAAGGGGCCCCCGUUGCUCGCCAGCCCAUGCGCACCCCUGCCGCACAAGCAGCCUCGCAGCGGUCCGAGGCUCGAAAAGGCCUUGACAGAGGUCCCCAUGAUGUGCCGGACAGGACUCCAUCUCGCCCACCUCACCAGCAGUCUUUCCUCGAUCUGUCUUCGUUCCAGGGUGGUGCGCACCACUCACCGACCGGCACCCCGCGUGAGGCGGAUUGUUUCGAUCACCCCGCGAAUUUGAGUCCGAACACCCUGGAGUCCAACCAAGCGCCCAGCCUGGUCAGCGAUGACGAAGACGACUACGAAGCCGCCUCGGACUCGGACAGCCCUACUUCCUCUGAGGCUGGCGACGAGGACCAGGAGUUCCGGCACAUCGAAGUGGAGGAUGACGAGCGGACUGGUACGCCGUCUGCCGCGGCUGCCGAGGCCAAGCCCGGUCCUUCGCUGACGAAUCCCGGACCCCGGACCGCACCCACGCUGUCCAAGCCGCUGAAGCAAAGCCGCUCGAAGAAACUAUCCAUGGCUCCGCCAUUCGGUGAUCGCGGACGGGAUGGUGAGCACGUGAACUUUGUGCAACCCAGCAGCGAGGAGGCUAAGAUGAAGCGCGCGAAUGGGCAGAAGCCUGCACCGUCAAGCCGUUGA